AUGACCAAUACUUUAGAUCCUCAACAGGUGGUCAAUGCACCCUUACCCUGUCCAGACCCUAACCCUUGCCAACAGCAAUCUUACCCAGUGCCAAUCAGCCCCCAGCAACCUUGCCAGUCGCAACCUUAUCCACCACAGCCUUAUGCACCACAGCCUUGUGCACCACAACUUUAUGCACCACAGCCUUAUGCACCACAGCCUUAUGCACCACAACCUUGUGCACCGCAAUCUUCUCCACUACAACCUUGUGCACCACAACCUUCUUCGCAGCAACCUUGUCCACCACAAUCAUAUCAGCAACAACCCGCUUUCCACAUUAUCCAAUACCAACCCCAAUCUGGUCAAUACCAACCCCAACCGGUACAAGUAACAGCAUAUCAACAGCAGAAUGUUCCUUGUCAACCGCAGGUUAACCCUUGUUCACCGCUACUUUCCCAAUAUCAAUCGCAAGUUAAUCCUUGUUCACCAUCACUUUCUCAGUAUCAACAGCAGGUUAACCCCUGCGCUUCGCAACCUCAAUCACAAUCAGCUUCAUUCCAAGCACAAAUUGGCCCUUGCCCUCCGCAACAGCAACCUGUGCCAGUGUCACCAAAUCCCUCACAACCAAGCAAUUGUCAACCGCAACCCAUUCCUUGCCCAACAAGCCCUCAGCAAGCUUCGAACUGUCAGCCUCAAAAUUCACCUUGCCCACAGCAAUCCCAGAACCAACAGCAAGCUGGUUUAAUAUGUCCACCGCCACCUUGCCCUGAUCAAGGACAAAUUGUUAAAUGUCCACCGAGCCAAUCGCAAUCUCCUCCCUGCCAACCGCAAAUCUCUCCUAAUCAACGCCAAUCAUGUCAACAACAAGCAGUUAAUUGUGUACAAAAUUCACAACAAUCUACUGUUUGUGUAGGACAGCCACCAAACCCAUCACAAGUUUCUGCCUAUCAACUACAAAAUUUUCCAGGCACACCUCAACCUUGUGUUCUCCAGCAACCAUCUAAUUGUCAAGCGCAAAAUCCAUGUCCUCAAUCUCCAUUCCAAGUCGUACCUUGUCCUGCAUACUCUACCCAGGCUUUUUCUUGCGUACCCCAGACUCAGUCUUACCAAUCCCAGACUACCACAGGUGGUUCCCCUUCUGCCACAGACUGCGGAACAACAAGGAAGAACAAGGUGUUUCACAGCCUACUUGGUCUUCCUGGGGCUGUUGCUGAUACCCUUCUGAGCGGGGAGAUCACGGUUUAA